AUGGCAACAGAGCGAGACGGUGGAGGCUGCCUCCGAGUGGCAGUUUCUAUCUUCUCGAUAUAUUACUGGUUAUCUGCUCUCGGACAUGUCUUCCUUGGUCUAUGGAUGCUUCUGGACCCAAAAAGAAACUACAUCUUGGAUCUUGUACACUUCUCAGAAAAUGACCCUCUACUGAAAGCGUCGGCAUACGUUUCACUGGUCUGUGGGUGUGCUCAACUACUGGUUGGAUUUCUUGGAUUGUGUGGGGCUGUGAAUAGAAGCAGAUUCUUGUUGCUGGCGUUCGUCAUGUUUCUGAUUUGCACUUUUCUGGCUGAUGUUGCGAUGGGUACCUUGUCGCUGUUCUACAAAGACAAGUUUUCUAACAACUACAUGGAAGUUUACCUCAAAAACUUGACAAACAACCGUUAUUCUCGUGAUCGUUGGGUGAUGCCAUUGAUGGAUACCAUCCAGUUUUAUGUCUACACUGUAAAAGAAAAUGUGCGAGAAAUAGUGAAAUCUAAAUAUGGAGUGAUGACGGAUGAACCGGACAACAAAAGAGUCACUGAUUUCAUUGACAAGCUUCAGUUUUAUGAGCAAUGCUGUGGGUCCCUCGGUCCAUCUGAUUACAUCGGUAGUCGUUGGUCUCAAUCAGGAACCAUGGAUUCCGAAGAAAUGGAAUCCCCUUUGUUUCCGGUAACAUGUUGUACACAAAUAACGGGGGCGUCGGCGUUAAACCCUCUCGCCAAAAGUUAUGCUCGUUGCCAGCAAUUUGGUGCCAAUAGACAAUGGAGACACUCAGUGCAUCAAUGUUGUGGAGGUGAAGGCCCUUUGGAUUACAAGGACUCAUUCUGGUACAUCACAAACACUCUGAGAGGAACACGAUCAUUUGUCCCGCCUAGCUGCUGCAAACAAUCCCAAGUUGGAAGAGCAUGGGCCCCGGCUCCCAUCGACCCAAUGUGUAUUACAUACCGUUACCUUUCAACACCAUACGAAUCAUCAGUAAACACUGAAGGGUGCAGUGAUAGGCUCAUGUCGUGGUUCAACGAACAAAUCUGGAUUUUUGUCGGAUUUGGCUUUGGAUCAGCAUUGACUAUGAUGCUUGGAAUAUGUCUCUCAUGUUGUCUUAUCUUACGCAUCCGCAUCUACCAUGUUAUCCGUGAUGACUACUAA